AUGUUUGGUUGGGAAAGCGGUAGUGAAGAUGAAGAAGAAAAAGAGCAAACUAAGGAAGAGAUAAAACUUUUGCUCGCAAGAGCCACUGAACUGAAUAUACUGACAGAAUCUUUAUUUCCGUUAAUGCAAGUCCCAAUUCCAUCCUGGCACAUUUAUCAUCAGCAAUCUCCAGAAAGUUCUGAUACAGAAGAUUCCGAAUCAUCCCAAGCGAGUACAAGCCAAGUGAAAUCAGUGGACUUGAAAUCUCGCAGGAGCGCUGAGGUAGCACUCCAAUUUGAAAAUAUAUUGCUAAAACUACGUGAUUCAAACAAAGUGAAAGUCAAUGAAAAUGAAAAUGACACUGAGGAACAAUAUGAUUCAGAAGAAAGUGAAAAAGAGGAAGAAGAUAUGCUGGAACAGUGUAUUAAAAAGAAUGAUGAAGUUCUUCAGCCAAACAUAGAAAAAGAAGUGGAUUUGACGCUGAAAACAGCAUUCAGUAAGGAAAAACGAGAAGAAAUAUUGAAGAUUAUCGAUGUAGUGAUGGGUCAAAAAUCAGCUGCGAAAGAAGAGGAAGAUAAGAAAACUUUAGAGAACCAAAGCAUUCAGAAAAUGUUGGAGUCUAGAAUCAUGCAACUGGAGACUGCAAGUAAGAUUGAUACCUCAAUGAUUUCCAGCCAAAACAUGGGAGACGUCCUUCUCAACUCUGUGAAGCAUUGCGUCAGAAUGUUUGUAGCCGAUAUCAAAUCAGUCAUGAAAAAAGGAAUGAGACCAAAGAACGUCCAGAAUACAAACUUUGCUGGAUUCAAAGCACUGGUUGAUUUACAUGAUCGGGCAGACGGAUCAAAAGGAAUAGAUGCACGAAAGCGUUUUGUAGAUGACUUUUACUGGAAACACGGACAAACAUACUUCGCAUCAGAAAACAACUAUCAACGGAUGUGUUGCUUUGCCUAUUUGUUCUUUCUCGAACUGUGCGAUAAGGACAAACGGAUCGUUAUACCAACGAUGGAACAUUUGGUUCAACAUGACGGAAGUCCCGGAUUCCAACAAAAAGAGAGAGAAUUUCUGAAGGUGGUGAUGGCACAACACUGGUCUGUAUGUGAAGAUUUGGGUGUUUUCAAAGAUAAUUGA